GUCAUUUCAUUCAUGUCUAACUCAAGGUUACAGCAUUGCGCAUGUUUUAUAAAAUAAAUUAAUUUCAACGAAGUAAAUUAGUCACUCUUCGUUUGAUGCUAGAUCGAGUGCUCCGUCGCUUUUCAGUUUUAGUCAACAAGAUGAUGCCAGAAGUGGUGUUUGUGUUGGGGGCGCCCGGCUCCGGCAAAGGGACGCAGUGCUCGUUGAUCUCCAAAGAAUACGAUUACGUGCAUCUGUCCGCGGGCGACCUGCUGCGCGAGGAGCGCCAGCGGCCCGGCUCGGAGUACGGGGAGAUGAUCGAGGAAAAAAUCCGGAAUGGCGAAAUCGUACCCGUGGAGGUUACUUGCUCGCUCUUGCACAAGGCCAUGCAGAAGUCCGGCAAGACGCGCUUCCUUAUCGACGGCUUCCCGCGGAACAAGGACAACUUAGACGGCUGGGAGCGCGUGAUGACAGACAAAACAAAGCUUCAGUUCGUACUUUUCUUCGAGUGUUGUCGGGACCAGUGCACGGAGCGGUGCCUGGGGCGCGGCGCGGCGGGCAGCGGCCGCUCGGACGACAACCUCGAGAGCUUGCAGAAGAGAUUCAACACGUACCUGAACGACACCAUGCCCAUCAUCGAGCACUACGACCGCCUCGGCCUCGUGCGGCGGAUCGACGCUGAAGUCAGUCCCGCAGAAGUGUUCGACAGUGUCAAAAAAGUGUUCAGAGCCGUUGAGAAGAGUGAAAGUUAAUUAAAUUAACAUGUAUGAAUAAAUAGGUCAAUAUUAGCUGUAAUGGUGUUUGACAUGAGGCAUUGUUGUAUCCAGUGCAAUAGUUAUUUAUUUGUCAGCUAUGACAGGAAUUUACAAGUUGAAUUAUUCAAGUACUUUGAGCAUAAUAAUUAUUGCAAUUCGCUUAGUAGUCAUAUACAAGAAUGAGAUGUUUGAUAUGAACAUAGGUUUGCAUACUUUGCAUAAAGUGGUCAUGCAAAAAGAUUAAUUUUAUUAAAGCAUUAGCCUGCUUUCUUUUUUACCAUGUUCAGGUGCUUCUAAACAAUACAGUAUACAAUGGUCAAUUAUGUUACACCAAUGGUCAGGCCAACCAUCUAUCCCAGUGAGGGUUUUCUUAGCUAUUUAUUCAUUCCCCUUAGCAUAAUGUUAGCAAGAGCUUGAAUAAUGAUAGAGUUCCUAUAGAAUUUUGUAGUUGGGCUGACUACAUUAACAAAUUCAAUGCCACAUUCUUAAUUUUGUUUAUUGCACGAUGUGGCAGUGAAAAACUUAAAUAAGUUUACAUUUAUAAUAAAUUGUCAUUGGCAAAAGUACUUUACAACAGGUUACAAGUAACCUAAAUUUUAAAGAUAAAAUUACAAUGAUUGGGAUGAUAAGAAAAAUCAUUGUUUUAAAUGGUCCUUAUUGGCUAUAAUUUAGAUAAGACCUGUAAUCUUCAAGCUGUAAUUACUUAUGAUUUCUAUCUAAUUCACUUUGAUUAUAAAAUAGCCAUACAGUUGCCAUUAGUGAAAAUACCAUGUAUACUUAACGUAAUAUACUUGAUAUCUGUAAUAUUCAGUACAACUACAGUUGUAGAACAAUAGAUAAGCAGCUUUAGAGCUAUGUGAUAGUGCAUUUUUUGUUGUAAUGUCUAGUCUGGUUUUAUUAGCGCCCCUACAAGUAUAGUCGGCAAGAAAGUGUGAUAUGCACCCUUUUACAGCCCUGUAUAGUCAAUAGCUGCUAUCUUUUUAACCCUUUCCUGCACACAUAGCACAUAAUCAACUUAUGAACAAUAAGGAUUCAAUUUUGAACAAAUUGUUUUAUCGCAGCAUGAAGGGCUUAAUUUCAACUUACAAAAUAAAACUCAAAGAAAAAAAAUGACCUUCAUGAUGAAAAACCUUUAUGAUGGUUCUUCCUAUAAAAUGCCAGGGUUAUAAGCAGGGUAGCAAAGUGGGGAAAAAAAUGUGCCGCUGACUAUAAAGACAACAUUCCUGUUACCAUGCAGUCAGAAAUACCCAUACACUUACUGUAACACGAUGUUACUAUACAUUAUUUAUUAUCUACUGGUUAGAUUCCAUUGCUAUAAUAGUAAUAAAAUAUAAUGUUCAAAUAUUA